AUGCAUCUAUUACAUGAACACACGGCUAUGUUAAAUGUAACUGAUAUUGGAAAAUUUAACAUUAGUAUAAGAGAUGCCUCUUCAGACAACUUCGAACUAAAGGAGAAGCGAUCAUCGAACGCUUCCAUUUUGUUAAUGAACCCGGUAGCGAGUGGAGAUAACAUGGCAACGGAUAUGAGCGGGGCUCAGAAAAUAAAGGAAGAGUUACCGCCACUGGUGCCAUGCUGCGAAGGCAGAGAACUACAGAUUAAUGCUGAUUUGGUGCGCAGUGGACUCUCAGCGAUCUCUGUAAAACACGAGGGGCUAGUUCAGAGUUUAAGCAUGUCAUACGCCUGUGAAAAAUUACAAGUACCUCCAGGGUUGAUGAAGCAUCGAAAUUCGUUCAGAUGUCUGCAUCGCCCUGACUUGAAGCGGGUUCCGUACUUGCGUAGAAUGACAGCAGAUGAGCUAGAAACUCUGUUCCGAGGUUACGCAGAUUUGCCCAAGAAGGGGCCUAAAAAAGAGAACCAUAAGAACAUAUUACGUGUGCCAAUACCGCCUGACGAGAUAUCCAAGAGUAAACUAGAAAAGACAGAUGUUAAUGUAGAUGACGGAAAUGUUCUCCACCCGAUCCCUGAGAUGCGCACCGGCUCUGAAGAUGUGCCCGCUGGCUUGAGGCUGCAUGGGGCUCGUGCCAGGCUAUACACCUCCAUAUUGGCGGGAGACAAAACUGGCGAUCAGCUAGGAGAUGCAAGCGCUAUUGAGGACAUUGACAAUCGGGUUGCAGAAGACAUUUUACCAGAAGACGAAAUUCAACUUAAUGAGGAAUUACAAAUAAUAUUACCACCUCGUUGCGAUGACGUCACUGCUGAUUCUUCUACAACUAGUUCAAUGAGAAAUUGUUCGAGCAAAUUGUAA